AUGACUGUUAUUUCUCUUUGUCUCCCUCUGCUGGCCGUACUCAUGCAGCCCACUCUCUGCCUUUAUAACUGCCCCACUCAGUAUGAAAGGAGCCCAGACAGCUCAGACCUGACAGUCAACUGCGGCACCACCCUCAUCACACUGGAGAUCAACCUGUGCACAGCUCAGUGGGCGGGGUUCAAUUCAUCUACUAUGGCGCUAAAUGGGAACCACAAUAUCACAGCGUGCCAGGGCUCGAUUGACACCAGUGUGGACCCUCCCAUCAUACGCUACCAGCUUCCGGUCAACAGCAGCGACCAAAAUCUCUGUCGACAGUCUUUGCAGAUUGUGGAUGAGACCCCGGACCCCACGGGACCCUUUAGCAACUUCCUUACCAUCCAGUCGGUCAUCAUCACAGGCUUCAUUGAAACUAACACAGCAAAUCCAGAGUCCGGGCUGAUCAGCUACUCCACGGACCUCUACUACCACUUCUCCUGUCGCUAUCCCUUGGAAUACCUAAUCAACAACACACAGAUAAUGGCCUCCUCGGUGUCGGUGUCAACAAGCGAUAACAACGGUAGCUUCGCUGACAUGCUAAUAAUGAACGUUUUUAAUGAUUCCGACUAUGGCAAUUUGUUAGUCGUCCCUCCGUCAGGGAUGCAGCUGCGAUCGAGAGUCUAUGUGGAAGUUAAGGCUGUGAACCUGACUGGAAACUUUUAUGUGCUCCUGGAUCAGUGCUUUGGAACCCCAACGGCUUACAAUGUUUCCCAGACCGAGCAGCACAACUUCUUCACUGGGUGUUCAGUGGACAGCAGAGCAACAGUUGAUACCAACGGAAUUUACAAGUUUGCCCGCUUUGAUUUUGAGACCUUCCGCUUCGUUCAACACAGAGAGCAAGCCAAGUCAAGCAUUUAUUUGCACUGCAUUCUCAGACUCUGUGAGCCUACCAAAUGUCAAGAACUUUUAAAUGCUUGUAACAACAGAAAAAAAAGAUCCUUGACUCCUUUUGGACAGGAAGGUAGCAACUCAGCCACUCUUUCAAUCGGACCGCUCUACACCUCCAGAGAAGAUGGGCCUGCAGUAGAAACCUACAGUGCAAAUGUGGCGUCACAGAAGGAUGACCUUAAUGUGACGGGCCUGGUGGUCGGUGUGGUGUUUGGCUCAGCCGCUUCCGCUCUGCUGGUUCUUGGCGGCUGGUUUGUACUAAAGAAGUUUUACUAUGCAGGCUAUUUACCUCGCAGCUUUAACUGA